AUGCUUCCGGACUGUGUGGAAACAACCAGUGAAUCUAUGCAUGAUGUUGCUUUUAAGGCUGCUGUUGACAUAAUACAAAGUAUGCCGAAAAAAGGCUUAGUCAGUAUUUCGACAAGCCAGAAAUUACGAUUUUAUUCAUUAUUUAAACAGGGAACAAAUGGAAGAUGUAAUACUCCAUGUCCACCAAUGUGGCAUGCUGUUGACCGAAUGAAAUGGCGUGCUUGGGAUGCUCUUGGGUCAAUGAAUUCGUUGGAAGCAAAAAAAAUUUAUGUUAUCGAAUUCAAGAAUAUUAUCAAUGCUAUGCAACAAAAAUAUGAUAUAGCAGAACUGAUAAAAGGAAGCGAUGAUCGAAUGAAAGUGUUACUGAGAGAAAAACUUAACAUCCUUGGUUAUGAUGUAAAUGAUUCAAAAAUAGGGGAAGAUUUGGAUGAUUCUGGGCAGCAAUCGUACAGCAUGGCUGAGGAAAACUACGAAAUGAAGAAACACAGCAGUAAUAAUGGAACUAAUGAACUAUCGGAUCAGUGUUCAGAAUCAAGCACUUCUACUGGAGAAUAUGUCGAUGCAGUUUGCUGUAGUCAGGAGCCAUGUGCCUUCUGUCAGGAACAACUAUCGAAUCACAGGGUGGAUCACAUGAAUGGUUAUCACUUUUCCUAUUCUACUUCCAAUUCAGAAAAUUUGAAAGUAUUCAUGCAACGACAUCUGAAGAUAUUAAUCAGUUUGCUGACAUAUAUGAGGCGCCUGUUUGCUACAUUUUUGUCGAACUUUAAAGGAUACAUCAAAAAUCGAUGUAAACUCGCAGCUUUCAUAACCAUACUGCCAUUUAUUGCUUAUUUUAUUAUGGCUUAUCUGUGCUAG